AUGUCUGUCCCCAUAUUCUGCAAUGUCUGCUUCUGUGAGCCAAGCAAGCCCACCCCACAGUUCAACCUCACGAGCUGUGGACAUGUUAUCUGUGAGAUCUGCCUCCAGAAAGGCAAAAAAGAUGAAUGUUUGGUAUGUAGAACUCCUUGUCGUACAUUGGUUCUUUCAAAAGAGACAAGUCCUGAUAUUCAGUCACUGUUCAUGGGAAUAGAUAAGCUCUGCAAGAAAUAUUCAAAAGAAAUAGCACAGGUUUCAGAGUUUCAAGAGAAACAUCGUAAACAUUUAUUAGCAUACCACAGACAAAAGACAAUGAAGUUGGAAGAAUCUCUCCAGAAAGUAACACAACAAAUUCAGCAGCUACAACGUAUGAAAACUCCUGAACAAACUGCGCAGCUACCAUUUUCCAGUACAAAUAGAAAUCCAUUUUCCAAUCCUUCAAGAAAACAGACUGGAUAUCCUUCAUGCUCUCUUCAUCCUAGUCAUGCCUCCACCUCUGACAUAUUUGGGUCAAUGGAGAUUGAUCCUGUACCUUCACCGAUGAGGAAACCUGAGACACCAACUGGUCCAAAAAGAUUAUCAUUAAUCAGUCCACCACAAGAUGGACGCAUGGGUAGUGUAUCCUACAGAAGUUCUCAGUCAUCUGGUAUAACAUCGGGUCAAUAUAGUGGAGCAGGAUCUACAAGGUCCACACCUAUAAGGCUACCACAUAGUGGAUGUUCACUUCCUUCAUCAUCUGUGUCACAAAGCAGCAGAAUGGGGACAUGGGGAAUUUCAGAUCUCAGAACCCCUCAGCUGUUUUCAUACACGUCACCUUCCCCACAGCCAUCUGCAACAAGACAUCCAAUCACCAUCUCUGGACUUCUGCAAAGACAACAUUUAGGCAAGUGA